CCCUCCCUCUCACCCAACAUCUAUCCUUCUGCACUCUCUUUAUUAUCAGCUUUGCGUCACCAUGGUCGCCAAGGACAAAACGGUCAUAAAGAAUAAGAAGCCAACCAAUGCCGCCGACGAGGUUCACUACCGCGGCGUCCGAAAGCGCCCCUGGGGCCGCUACGCCGCCGAGAUCCGCGACCCCGGCAAGAAAUCCCGCGUCUGGCUCGGCACCUUCGACACCGCCGAGGAAGCCGCCAGAGCAUAUGACGCCGCCGCCCGCAACUUCCGCGGCCCCAAAGCUAAAACGAACUUCCCCCUUCUCCCCGACAUCGUCGCCGCCGUCACCACCAACAACAACAACAACCUUAACCGGAACAACAACAACAACGUAACAAACAACGCUAGCAGCAGCAGCAGCCCUAGCCAGAGCAGCACCGUGGAGUCCGCCACUCCGGAGCGUGAUGUCACGCGCCUCGCCGCCACUGCCGUCAUCGACCGCUUCCCCUUCCUCCCGAUCCAGCAGCAGCUGCUCGUGACCCCGGUGGCUCCCGUGCGCCCGGUUUUUCUCCUGGACCGGGCCCAUUACCUGACCCACCAAUUCCCCUUCCGGUUCGAACCGGCCCCGGUUCAGAGCGACUCCGAUUCCUCCUCCGUUGUCGAUUGCCAACCCAAAAGAGAACUCAAUCUCGAUCUCAACCUGGCUCCUCCUAUGGAUUAUUAAAUUCCAUUAAUCUCUUAAUUCUCUAUACCCUUAUGACAAAAACAGCAAAAAGGAAAGGACUGAAGAAAAAUUUUCUCUUUUUAAUCUAGGUAGAUUAGUCGUUAA